AGCGGAAGCAGUCUCCGCGUCGUUGGUCUAUAAAUUUUCUUCCGUCGGGUAAGAAAGUCUCAAGACAUGUGAAUGGCGGAUUCCGUACCGUCUCCUUACCCCGACCCCGGCAAUCUCCGACGAAUCCCAGUCGACCUCUUCGCCUCCAAGAACUUCUCCAGCCACUCCGCCGGCGAUCUCGCAUUCGCCGAUUCCUCCGGCAAUCUCCUCUUCUUUGUCCGCAAGUCUUCUUCCUCCCUGAAAUCUGUCUUCGAUUCCUCCGGAGUUCUUCUUUUCUCGAUCACUCGCCCCCAUAGUGGAAAGUGGGAAGUGCAUAAAGGAGACUUAGAGAAACAGGAGUUGGUUUUAACAGCCAAGCGGGCAUCAAACAGAUUCAGCAAGGUUGAAUUAGAGGUGUCCUUUGCAGGACAAGGUUCCACAGAGCCGCGGCAUCUGGUCAUCAAAGGUUGCCCCUUUCAGAAAUCCUGUACCAUUUACAGUCAAGAUUCCAUCGUCGCACAGACGAGUCUGAUGUACAAGCUGAAGCAGAUAUACGUGGGACGAAGCAAAUUCCGGCUAACGAUAUUUCCGGGAUCUGUGGAUCAUCCUCUGGUCGUAGCUCUGGUUGCUGUCUUCCUUGAUGGCAGAAAAUGAUAACAUCUUUUGCCUUGGUCAAGCCUAAUCCGAUUGUUUCAGAUGUUGUAAGUAAUGAUUGAAAAAGAUCCUUGUGACAUGGAAAUUUGCAGAUUACGGCGGAUAUUAUAUCAUAUCCUACGAUUAUUUUUUCGUCAGAGUUUUGUAUGGUCGAACAGGAGACAAGAACUGGUGGAAGGCCAAUUCUCUCUGUCUGAACCAGUCCGAAUCAGAAAAGUAACCCAUUCUGUGGUUAACGGUUUGAGGGCUACGGUCGGUGGAUUAGAUUGGCAUCUUCAGAUUUCUCUUAACCAAUCCAAACCACCGGUUUUUUCGAAUGUCUAUCUGGUCUAUUUUCUGUAAAAUCGACCGGUUUGGUUCGGUUGACGGCUUGAUAAGAGGCUUCGAGCAAAAGAGUCGGUACACCGGAACCGGGCUGACGUGGUUUUAACGUUGAAACAAACAAUUGAUCCCUCCAAGAAAAAGGAAAAGGAAAGAAAGUAUACACCUUGAUCCAUAUGCUAUCGUCUUCUUCGUCUUGCAACUCUCUCUCUCAAGUUCUUGUAUUUCGUAUGACCCUUUUCGUUGCGGCGGCAGACAGCCACCUCAUUUUUCGAUAUCCGAGCCUGAGCUUAUUUAUAAUCCUCUUGUGCUCGGCUCCUCCCAGGUAUCUCUCUAUACCAAAAAUGUAGAAUCUUUUCUGGGUUUCAAGUCAAUUUCUUUCUCUUGUCACGCCAUUGCAGCAGAGGUUAUUUCCUACACUUGCGUGAUUUCAGCAACUUUUUCCAUGAAUUUUGGAAUGAUUUGAACUGAACAGUAAUCAAGAUCUAGUCUUUCUAUCAGCACGGCAUGAGGUAAGGGCUUUUGGCUUGUAAAUGUGUUUGAGCUUGAUCAAAUUUUCAAGAUUCCUCCUUGUGUUUACCCGAAUUUUGGAUUUUUCUUCUUGCGGAAUAUGCCUGAUGAUGAGUUGAAUAUAUGCAGGUUCUGACGUCUCCAACGACAGGGUUUUCCCCUAAACAGCGUCUGAAUCGGGCAAACAAUCACACAUCGGCUGCUUCACAGCCGAAACCCACAAACUCAUCCGUUUUGCAAUCAAAUUCUAGCCUUGAAGAUCAUACUUGGAUCCGGAAAUGCAUCUGUGCCAAGCGUUUCUCGUAAGAAAGGCCGGAAAAGACGAGAGAAAAAGACAAACCAAAUUCCGAGGCGCUCAGACAGAAUUUCAAAGAACAAGGCCUUGCCUUCUCCCCCUGGCGCUCGUAAUCAUCCUAAGCCCGUGGGCAUCGUGUCGUGAGAUCAUCCACCAGAGAAUUCAGGAGUAAAACGUAACUGACUGAGAAAAUUCAUCAGCAAAUCAUAUAAUCUCUCUCGGACGUGUAAAGAAUGCCGUAUAGCAGGGAAGGAGAUGCUGAAGUUAAGGAGAGGGGUAAUGGUGCAAAGAUUAUAUGAGAGUGUAUGACGUUCCAACAAAAUGAUGGAUAAUGGUGAAAAGAUAUAUGGUUUAAGA